GAGCGCUAGAGGAACGUGACCAGCAGCGUUCCACAUUUGAAUUGUUGUGUUGUUUUGCGAGCAGAAAAGAAAUUGUCGCCGAAACAAAAUAACGAGGAUCGCAAAGAUCCUUGACUUCACGAAAACGACUAAAGUCGCGUUGCGUGCCGGCCGGCCGGCCGGUUCCCAGGAAGACGACGCUAGGGCUUUGCUGAGUGGAGCUUUCGGAAAGCAACAAGUCGUAUUUUCCGUCAAGUGACUCGUGACUUACAUCCUGGCAAAUACAAACGAUUAACAUCGGAGUUAGUUGAGGUUAUUGCUAUUUUACCUGCAGGUUGACAGCAGCAGCAGCAACAGCAGCAGCGCGAUGGAGCGUCGAGCAGGCAGCGAUGCCAUUUAUCUGCUGGACGAGAAGUUCGACUUCGAUGUUUCUCUGUCACCUGACGGGUCCUGGUGUGCAGAAGGCGGGGAUGAUGUCUUUGCGGACCCAUCCCGCCAUCUGGUCAAACGUUCGCCCAAUAACUUUGAAUCCCGCUGGAGUCCGCUGUCGGGGGACCAGCUGGACGCCGUGUGCCAGGAAGCCAAGCGAGUGGCCGAACAGCUGCGGCGUGGGAAGCGGCUCCACGGCCAGGACGGGGAAGACGGGGAACAGUUCAUCCAGGACGGCGCCGCCAAACUGGAUCUGUUGGCGGCACCUCCCAGCCUGUGCAGCCCCGCCAUACGUCAGACCUUCCUGGUGCAGGACAGUCCUAUGAAAGACCUGCCUCCGGCCAUCCGGCAGCGCUUGAAGCAAGGGAACGCGCCGCCCCCGGCGACUCGUCUUUCAGCUCGGCUCAACGCCUCCGUCAAGACCCGGGCGGCGCUGCGCGGGAAAGCCGGCUUGGGUGCGCUGCUGCCCAGCAAGCCGUCCGUCCCCAGGACUUCCUCUUCGGCCGCUGCUCAGAAAGCCCGAGUGCAACCGCCCGGCAAAGUGGCCUCGAGUCCUGAUCUCUCCGGCCGGCCCAAGUCCCGUGAGGAUAUUGUGACCGAUUCGGCCAGAGUGGCAUCAGACGUCAGUGACUUGUCCCUCGAUUGUAGCACGCUGGGGAAGAAGCGCACGCUGGCUGCACCCGCCAAGGUUACGAGGAGGCAGUCCGGUACAAAGGUGACGCCGCUUAAGAGCCGGAACCCCGUCGAAGGCCGCAAAACGUCCUCAUCUUCGUCCUCUGUAUCCAGCUUCAACUCCAGCCUGUCCCUGUCUCCAGCCACAGGGAAGCUGAACUCCUCGCAGGACCGCGCUUUGACCUCCUCCACCGUCCCUGGCAACGCCGGCCGGCCUGCCAAUCAAAACAAGCGCCGCUCUGGCGUCGUGACGGCGUCACCGUCGUUAGCGUCCUCCGCUGCCGGCAGCGCGCUACCCGGCCGAGCCAGAAAGCUGUCCGAGAGUGUCAAGGCCGGCGGGGUCACGCCGCAGCGCCAGACUGCGUCUGCUAAAAGAACCUUGGACCAAACCUCAGCUCAGUGGAUUCAAAAUGGACUGAUGGCAAAAAUCACAGCUGCAGCGCCAGGCAAGACGCCCACACAUAGCAGAGAAAUCACACCUCCAGGUUUUUGUUCUCCGGAUGUUUCCAAGGUACUCAAACCAGAGCAACGUAUGUCGAUGGCCACUAUGGACAGCCUCCAUCAAAAGGCGUGGAGUGGCUCGGUGACGCCCCCCGCAGAUCCAAGCGGGCCUCUGCAGUUACGUUGCCAGCGUCCCUCCGGUCUCCCCACGCCGCUCAAACGCCGGGGGUCGUCCAUCCCCGGGCCGACACCCGGCAGCCACCGCAGAACCGCCGGACCCCCUAGAACGCAGGCCGCCUCAGACCGCCCCCCCGGGACUUGCUUCAGCCCCGCCCCCAGAGACUGGAAUAUGGCGGCGGCGGAGCCUGUAGUCGUGCAGGCCUUCUGUCUGGAGGAGGAGGAGCCUCCGGCGGCGCCCGGCCAAUCGGAGCGCACCGCGAGCGCGGAGCCGGCCGGUCGCGGCCAAUCGGAUGAGCUUCAGCCGGAGAGCGCCCAACAAGAGGUUCUUCUGCUGGACCUUCCCACUCCGCUUCUCCCGACUCAUGAGAAAGCGCUCAUCGACCUGCUCAACACCCCAGACUUGGUCCGCAACAGCACCAAGAGCUGUGCCGCAACGCAGCUGAUUGACUUAAGCUCGCCACUCAUCAAGUGGAGCCCGGAAGACAAGAAGGAGAACACUGCCACCCUCAUCAACCUCUCCUUUUGAAACACUCACA